UGACAAAUUUGUUCCCAUUGAAAACGGCAGACUGUGGGCUAUCUUGAUUUAGUUAUAAAAAUCUUCGGGCCGGCCACGUUGUUAGGAUUCCACAAAUUAGCACAGCCACAAAGUUAAAAUGGGCUGUAUCGUAAAAAAAUCAUGAAAACGAACAUUUGCUUUUUGAUCAUAAUUUAAGGUUGGGGUUGAUGUUGGCAGAGGUGUUAGGUUUGAAAUGAUAAGACAAAUUAUAUAAAUGGCGGGGUUUAUGACUUUGUGGCUGUGGUAACUAGUGACGACCGCGUUGUUUUGCUGCUAAAACAACUAGCUAGUUAGCGGUGCUAGCUAGUAAACAAACAACUGAACUGAAUAUGUCUGGAACUUCAUCAGUAGCUGGUGAAGUAUUUGUAGACGCCCUUCCGUAUUUUGACCAGGGUUAUGAUGCAGCUGGCGUCAGAGAGGCGGCUGCAGCCUUGGUAGAAGAGGAGACUCGCAGAUACAGACCUACAAAGAACUAUCUCAGUUAUAUACCCACACCUGAUUUCACUACCUUUGAAACUGAAAUCAUGAGGAACGAGUUUGAGAGGCUAGCAGCCCGGCAGCCUCUGGAACUUCUCAGCAUGAAGAGAUAUGAGCUUCCUGCUCCAUCGUCAGGGCAGAAGAAUGACAUCACUGCAUGGCAGGAUUGUGUGAACAACUCCAUGGCUCAGCUGGAGCAUCAGGCAGUGCGCAUUGAGAAUCUGGAACUCAUGGCACACUAUGGCACCAACGCAUGGAAGGUCUACAAUGAUAACCUGGCCUUUAUGAUUGAAUUGGCUCAAAAGGAACUACAGAAAUGUAGAAAGCAGAUUCAGGACUUGAACUGGCAACGAAAGAAUGAUCAGCUUGCAGGCGGGGCCAAGCUGAGAGAGCUGGAGUCAAAUUGGGUGUCCCUCGUAAGUAAGAACUAUGAGAUUGAACGUGCCAUCGUCCAGUUGGAGAAUGAAGUUGGAAAGCUCAAACAGCAACAGGGUGAUGAGAACAAGGAAAAUAUUCGACAGGACUUCUAGAACUCAAGCAUUGUGCGAGACCCCUUCUACAAAAAAUAAAAUGUUAAGCUUGCAGCUGAGAACCAACAUGAAAAGAAAAGGACUCUCCAAACUUUCAGAAGAACAUAUUUGCCUUGGCUCCAGAGUUUCUUUACAUUAGUGUCAGACAGUGACCAUUCAAAAACCAUGGGCCGUGUAAAGAACUUUUUCAUUGUACCUCGAGAUCACUUAAGAAGUGAACUCUGGUCAAUUUUUAAAUGUUUGUCAAUUUAAGUAGUUCUAAAGUGAGGUAGAGUUAAGCAUAACUAAUGAUGCUGUCUACCAAAUUCACAUGAUUUCUUCCCAUAUAGACAAGCACAAAAACAUGCUAGCAUGUUUAGAACAUUUGUGAUACAAUAAGUUUUUGUACAUGUAAUAUUUUAAUUUUUUAAAAUAGAAUUAUAAUAAAAUGAUGUUGAAACAUG